AUGGAGAGGGAUAGUGAGUCCAUGUCCCCAGAGUCUUCGCUAUCUGCGAGCCAAGCCUCACCAUCGACUUCACAAAAAGUAUCUAGCAGAACUCCAACCUCUUGGGAUGCCGAAGAUGACGUUCUACUAAUGCACUUGAAAGAUAGACAAAAACUAGGAUGGAAAGCGAUUGCCAGUCAUUUCACGAACAGAACUCCCAAUGCCUGUCAAUUUCGAUGGAGAAGAUUAAAGUCUGGGAAUUUAAAGAAUCCACCAAAGUCAGCCGCAGCAUUGGGCGAUCAAUUCAAACAGAACCCCACGAUGACAAGCUCAACUUCAAAGAAAAAGGCUCGUUUGAGCUCAGUAUCGAAAACGGACACAGCCGAAUCAGAAUUCACAUACGACGCAACACCAACAGGAGGAUUUCAAGGUUUCGACAACAGUAUAUCUUCAGCGUUGGCAGGGCUUAACGCUCUAUCAAAUUCACCAUCAUACAUUUCCAGUCCUGCCAAUGCUACUACUCCUAAGAUGCAGGCUGCUUCGCCAGGAGUUUACGGCUCAGGCCGAGCAAGUCUGAUCACCAGUCUAAGUCACAAGUAUGAGGGCUCACCGGAAUCAGAAAAUCCUAUGGAAACACUGAGCCGAACUGGAAUUGUGAUUCCGGGAACAAAUGGAUCAGGUGGUUAUUACGCAGACAUUUCCGUUGACCCUACGAUGAACUUGCCCCACAAUAGGUCACACCCCGAGACCCCGUCAUCACUAACACCACGAAACUCAACUUCCAACGCAACUGCACGUAAUCGAGAUAGCACAAGCAUACAUCCGCGAGAUUAUAACUCUGGCUCCAUCUCAGUCGCGGCAGCUGCCUUGCGUAAUAAUUCAAUAAUACAAAUUACACAUGAUGAAAGAGCAUCAAUACUGUCUAUAGCGAGGGCAUCAGUAUCCUCAUUGCCUUCAAAAUCCAUGAAUAUACCACACCAUCAACUGGGAGCUACAUCAUUGGCACAUCUCCCCGUCCUUUUUGGGAGCGCUGGAAGUAUCAGUGGACCCUCGAGAAAUUCAAGUAUAAGUGGCACAGCUGGUGUACAUCAGACAACAGUUUCCAGCUUGAGAAACGGGUCGUUGGCUGGGCCAAGUCUGGGGUACUAUUCUAGAUCCGGGUCCGUCGUUAUCCCACAUAAUACAGAUAAAGCGGACGAACCUUUGAAAAUAGACAAGGAGAAAGUUGAUUUUAGUAACAAAAAAUUGCAAAAAAUGAAAAAGAACUUACCUUCGACAAGUCAUACCAAAAAGAAACAAAAGAGCACCAAGCUAGAUCUUCCGUGGACAAUGGAGGAGGACGAACUUUUGAUCAAUAGACGAAGUAGGGAAUUGUCGUUUGCUGAGCUAUCUAUUCUACUACCCCAGAGGACAGAAGGAGAGAUUUGGGCACGUAUAGAUUAUUUGGAGAAACUAAGGAACGGGAAUGACGCGGCUUCUGGUGGAAGAGACCGAAGGGGCAAUGGGCGUUCAUCUAUAGGGUUAGAUGAUGUGCAUGAUUUGUACGAUGAUGACGAUGAUGAUGAUGUGAUUGGUGGUAUUGGAAUUGGGGUCAGUGAUGAUGAAGACGAUAAUCCAUUAAUUGACGAUGAUGAUGAUGAUGAUGUUGACAACCUUGGAGCGAUGAGAGCGACUAAACGACGAGCCAGCUCCGCAAUCAACCCUUUGGUUAAACGUCCACUUAAAAGGUAA